CCCCCAAACCAAAAUUAACCAAACCCCCGCGCCGUUAACCCUCUGAGCUUGUGAUGAAUUAACGAUCGUGACCGAUCAAGUGAGCGAUUAAUAAUAACCCAGCGGCACACAAUUAAGCAAUGCAAGAAGCCGUCGUCGUUAACACCGGCGGCCGGUGGGCACCAACCCGUAUUUAUAUACACUUCUAUCCGGCCAAAGCAGCGGGCGCGGCCGGGUAACCCAACCACACACGCACGACACGAAGAACGCCAUGGCGAAGCAGGCGUGGAGCUCGCUGUUCGGGUGCUUCACCUCGCACCACGACGGCGGCGGCAAGAGGAAGAAAGGCGGCGGCGGCGGGAAGAAGGCGAAGAAGAAGGUGGCGGCGGCGGCGAGCCAGAAGCAGCGGAAGCUGCAGAGCCGGCUGUCGUUCUCCGACCUGUCGUUCGGAGGGAUGGUGUCGCCGGAGGACCUGUCGCUGUCGCUGGCCGGGUCGAACCUCCACGUCUUCACCAUCGCCGAGCUCCGCGCCGUCACCAGGGACUUCUCCAUGACCAACUUCAUCGGCGAGGGCGGCUUCGGCCCUGUCUACAAGGGCUACGUCGACGACAAGCUCAAGCCCGGCCUCCGCGCGCAGCCCGUCGCCGUCAAGCUCCUCGACCUCGAGGGCACACAGGGACACAACGAGUGGCUGACUGAAGUCAUCUUUCUGGGGCAACUGAGGCAUCCUCACCUCGUCAAACUGAUCGGCUACUGCUACGAGGAUGAACACAGACUUCUCGUUUACGAGUUCAUGACGAGGGGCAGCUUGGAGAAGCAUCUCUUCAAAAAGUACGCAGCGUCGUUGCCAUGGUCAACACGGUUGAAGAUCGCCAUAGGUGCCGCGAAAGGGUUGGCCUUUCUCCAUGAAGCCGAGAAGCCGGUCAUCUACCGAGACUUCAAGACCUCCAACAUCUUGCUAGACUCGGACUUCAAAGCCAAGCUCUCAGAUUUCGGGCUAGCGAAGGACGGGCCAGAGGAUGACGAGACGCAUGUCUCGACACGUGUCAUGGGCACACAGGGAUACGCUGCACCAGAGUACAUCAUGACAGGGCAUCUGACGGCGAAGAGCGACGUGUACGGCUUCGGCGUGGUGCUGCUGGAGCUGCUGUCGGGGAGGAAGUCGGUGGACAAGAGCCGGCCGGCGCGGGAGCAGAACCUGGUGGAGUGGGCCCGGCCGUACCUGACCGACGCGCGGCGGCUGGGCCGCGUCAUGGACCGCAACCUCGCCGGCCAGUACCCGGCCAAGGCGGCGCAGAAGGCCGCCGCGCUGGCGCACCGCUGCGUCAGCCUCAACCCCAAGUCCCGCCCCCACAUGUCCGCCGUCGUCGAGGCGCUCGAGCCGCUCCUCGCCCUCGACGACGACUGCCUCGUCGGCACCUUCGUCUACGUCGCGCCGCCCGACGACGUCGCCGCCAACGGCGACGGCAGCAGCAAGAGGCGAGCCGGCCGGAGGAGGUCUGACGGCGCCGCGGCGGCGGCGGCGGCCGAUGGUGUGCAGCGGGAAUGACUCGGUUUUGCUUGCGUUUGUCUGUACUCGUCGAGCUACGUGCUGAUCAAGCGAUGCCGGUAAAUUAAUCCGGAUCAGUGAGUUGGCUCGUGGGUAAAAAAUGAUUGUGGAUUUGAAGCAUGUUAUUAUUUGUCUUAGGCUUGAAUAGCAGAAUAGGAUUAGAGCGUGUAAAUACGAGCAUGUCAGACGUACAUGAGCAAAUUGAGCAUGUAAACAGUUUGACAAAAUAUGGAUGGUUUAUCACUUCUCAUGUUGGGAGGUUUCUCUAGUAUCUUCCCAGCGCCGUGAAAUAUCUCUGUUGAUAGACACUGUAUGCUGUACGCGAGUAUGUUAUUACUGUUUGCUGAAA